GGUGUAGACAAUGUCGAUGGCGCGGGAUCGCUCCCAGUUCUUUUCGAAGACCAAGAAGACACCAAUUCCCCACCAGAACCUACCUUGUCACGAAGAGCAAAGUCGUACUCGGAUUUCUACGACAUCGUCAAGGCCCAAAUAGGUGGAAAGCCACACCACAAGAAGAAGAAGGGGAGGAGGAUACGACAUGGCCGAACGUGGGAAGCAUUGGGCGUUCCGGAGUCUGUGGCGGCAAAGCUGCCGGUCGAACAGGACGCUCACGAUGCCGAGCUGGACAAGGAGCUACUGGAAGCAAGUCAACAGGAAUUCCUGUUGUACCACGAUCAGCUGGUCAUGACCGAACGACACUUGGGCACCCUCGUUGAAGAUGCGAAUAGUGCUCUCAAGGUUCUCGAAUCCCUGAGCCAGUCGUUCCGGGCAGUUGACGACCAAACCAGCUCUUUCAAGGCCCAAUGCGACGACCUACUCACAGAGCAGAAACGGUUGCAGAAGCUGGCCGAUGAUGUUGGCACAGAUCUUCACUACUACGCGUAUCUGGACAAUGUCAGCAGACGACUCAAUGCUCCAGGAGCAGGUCGACUUGUGGAGGACGACGCGUUUGCCGAUAUUUUGUCAAGCCUCGACUCUUGCAUAGCCUUCAUGACGAAAAACACGACGUACCGAGAUGCCGAGUCUUACCUUGCCCGCUAUCAGGCCCUGCUCACCAAGGCUCUGCACUUGCUCGAAGUUGGCUUCACCAAUCGCCUCAACCGAGUUUCUGCCGAAAUUUCCAAACAAAUACUGGCUACGCGGUCCGAGUCCGCACGGCACGCCCUGGCUUAUGGCCGGUUUGAAGAGACAUUGCUGGAGUCCUACUCCUUAAUACCAAACAUCCAGACCGUCAUCCGCAACGUCUACGAUCAAAACGGCCAUCCGCAAACAGCACUCAACUGGGACAUCUAUGCCAACACAGCCAACAACAUCUUCCACGCCUACUGGGCCGUCAGAGAAAGAGACCUGAAACCACUAAUUCAAAGCGACCUCGACGCCUUCCGCUCAGAAGCCAAGGAAUCCGUCGAGACCGCGGCCCGUAACUUCGUCAAGCAGUGCUACGAGCGUUCCUACAAUGAAGCCUCCCUCUUCCGGAAAAUCUUCGCCAUCGAGACCCAAUACUCAACCGACCCCAAAUCUGCCUUCACCGCCCUCAAAUCCUCCCACGCCGGGUCUUUGGUCACGGGCACAAACGUCGCCCCUGUCGCCACCAACCUCCAGUCUGUUCUCCACAAUAGCGACCUGAGAACAGUGUGCAACAUAAUAGGCUGGGUCACCAACGAGUAUCUCCUGUUGGACUUUGACGAGGAUGAAACCCCCUUUGUGGCUCACUGCAGGGAGCUCACCGCGCGGCUACUUACUGAGCACCUCUGGACGUUCACCGACGCUCUUUUCGAAGCCGAGAUAUCCAAAUCCAUCACCAAGGCCGCCGUCGCCCCAGACUCGCUCAAGAUCGGGCCAGUAACCAACAAUGACUCCUCUUCGAACGCUUUUCCCCCUAUCAAGCGAGCUAUU